ACUAAGUGAUUUGAACUUACUUAAAUUGAAUAAUCUCUUCCUUUUCCCUCUCUUUUAAAAUUACCCAUUUACCCUUCAUCCCUACCCUUCUACCUCCACUGUCCUCCAACAACAACAAUAACAACGACCAGAUCCAUUUUCUGACUCUCUCCACGUUCCCCCCCUCUUUUUUAUUUAACUAACACCCACUUCACUUUCAAUUUCUCUCUUUCCAAUUCAAUUCUAGUAACCCUAAACCCCCAAUUUUCACAAACCCUAAAAUCUCCAAUUCUCCAUAGAUCCUCUUCUUUCCCAUCGAAUUUUCCAAUAUUUUCAACACCGUUGACCACACUCGAGGUUUAUCCAAAUACCCAUUUCAUAAAGUUCCGUUUUUUUUUUUUCAUCUGGGUCGUUUUUUUUUAUUCACGCACCCUAGGAAUGUUGGGUACUGCUAUGAACUUUUCGCGCGGUCGUGGUGAGGAUCGGUUUUAUAAUCCACCACAAGCUCGUAGGGCGUUACAUACAGCAGAGAAUGAUAGAAUUCGUAGAGCUCACAGCGAUGUUACGCCGAGUCGGUCGUCGUCGGCGGUAAGAGAAAAAUCGGUGGAUUCGGUUGAGAAGAAAUUAGAGAACCGGGUUGGGUCUGAAGAGACCAAGAAAGUAGUUGCAGUUCCGUCGUGUGAACCGGAGGUUAAGCGGUUGAGUAAUUUGGAACGGUUUUUGGAAUCAAUUACACCUUCUGUUCCUGCUCAGCAUCUCUCUAAGAGAUCUGCGAGAAGCUUCAGGACGUGCAAUGAGGAGGUUCCGCCUUACUUUGUUCUUGGUGAUUUGUGGGAAUCGUUCAGGGAAUGGAGUGCUUACGGUGCUGGAGUGCCGCUUGUACUAAAUGACAAAGAUAGUGUUGUUCAAUACUACGUUCCUUAUCUUUCUGGAAUUCAAAUUUAUGUCCAGUCUACCAAGCCACCUGUAAAGUCAAGGCAACUAGGCGAGGACAGUGACAGUGAUUUCAGGGACUCAAGUAGUGAUGGUAGCAGUGAUUGUGAACCUAUUAGAGGAUAUAGGGAACAAAGGAAUCUUCCCCAUCUCUCGGAUGAGGUAUCUCAUUGGAUGGGUAGAUUAUCAGUGAGAAAUCAGCAUACUCCCCGGCAAGACGGCUUUUCUAGUGAUGAUGGUGAAUCUGUCAAUUCUCAGGGCUACUUGCUAUUUGAGUAUCUUGAACGGGACCCUCCUUACGGCCGUGAACCUUUGGCUGAUAAGAUAAUGGACCUUGCUUUUCGUUUCCCUCAACUUCUGACACUAAGAAGUUGUGAUAUACUAUCAUCAAGUUGGAUAUCUGUAGCAUGGUAUCCAAUUUACAGAAUCCCAAUGGGUCCAACAUUAAAAGAUCUUGAUGCUUGCUUUCUGACAUACCAUUCUCUUUAUACACCUUUGGGAGGUUCACAAAGAGCCCAUGCUCCUGUACCUUCAUAUCCAACCGAGAUUGACGGUGUCCCAAAAAUGUCUUUACCUGUUUUUGGUCUUGCUUCAUAUAAGUUCAAGGGACCUCUGUGGACUCCAAGUGGUGGAUACGAGCGCCAAUUAUCCAACUCUCUUUUACAGAAUGCUGAUAAGUGGUUAAGACUGCUUCAGGUCAGUCACCCAGAUUUCCUGUUUUUCAGCCGAUAAUGGCGUUAAGGUGCCUGUAACCAUUUCCCUUAAGCCAUUUAAGUAUCGGUCCUACUAUUUGCCAAUACCUUCUUAGAUGUUGUACUUUAUGAAGUCAGAAUUAAUCACCUUUUUGACAUAAUGGUAAAAGAAAAGGCGUAAAAAAUGUUAAGUCUCUCCUUUGUAAUUUCCUGCUGUAAUAAGCGAAAGAAUCAGGAGAGUAUAAUGGUAAUAAAGCAGCAAAGCUCUAGACCAGCUGCAGUUUUUAAAGGGUAUUUCAGAAUGAGUUGAUGGUGGAUGUACAGAUUUAAGAGAAGCUUCGCAAGUGGUGGCUGAUGUUUGUUGUGAGGUUGUUUUGUUUGCUAACAUCGACGACGAGUCCUACAUCGGUUGUUUCUUCUUUUCCAAAUAUGUUUAUGUUGGUACUAUGGUUUUGUUAAACAGAACAGGCUGCUUUUUUAAUGUCCAGCUGAUCACCAUGUAGUAGUUUUUAAUUUAUUGGGGGAAUUUUGCUCCAAUGCAUGUGGUGUUACUGUUUAGUGUACGUAACUCAUGCUUGAAUUUCCCCAAAUCUGUAUUUGAAUUACUAUAGUUACGUUUUGUUAGUCUUAUUACUUGUAGUAGAACUCUUUUGUUGAGUUUUCAUAUCAAUGAAAUUGUUUUUUUUUGGAGGGAAUAUCAA